AUGCAUUCACUUCCUAUGAGGUCAAAGGGCACCAGCUGGCCUGUCACAACACGGCCAACCAGCUAGCUUAGCUGCAGCAUAACCCGUCAUUUCAUCUUUCAAAAUGGAUGUAAAUCAAGCGAAACAGGAACACCUACUCGCAUUAAAAGUAAUGCGGUUAACAAAGCCAACACUCUUCACAAAUCUGCCAGUGACAUGUGAGGAUCGAGACCUGCCAGGGGAUUUGUUUGGUGAACUCAUGAGAGUGGACCCAUCGACCAUCAAAGGAGCAGAAACAUUGAUGCUCGGAGAGAUGCUUACCUUACCACAGAACUUUGGAAAUAUUUUCCUUGGUGAGACCUUCUCCAGUUACAUAAGUGUGCACAAUGACAGCAAUCAAGUUGUAAAGGAUAUUCUUGUGAAGGCUGACCUACAGACCAGCUCACAGAGACUCAACCUCUCUGCGUCGAACUCAGCGGUGGCAGAGCUCAAACCAGAGUGCUGCAUUGACGAUGUUAUCCACCACGAAGUCAAAGAAAUCGGAACACACAUCUUAGUUUGUGCAGUCAGUUACACUACUCAGUACGGGGAGAAGCUAUAUUUUCGGAAGUUCUUCAAAUUCCAGGUUUUAAAGCCUCUGGACGUGAAAACAAAGUUCUACAAUGCAGAGAGUGACCUCAGUUCUGUGACAGAUGAAGUGUUUCUGGAGGCUCAGAUCCAGAACAUCACCACUUCACCCAUGUUCAUGGAGAAGGUCUCACUAGAGCCCUCCAUGAUGUACAACGUCUCAGAGCUCAACAUAGUCACAAAUAGUGACGAUGGAGAGUCUACAUUUGGGAAGAUGUCCUACCUGCAGCCCAUGGACACGCGGCAGUACCUCUACUGUUUGAAGCCAAAGCCAGAGUAUGCAGAGAAGGCUGGCGUCAUCAAGGGGGUGACGGUGAUAGGGAAGCUUGACAUAGUGUGGAAGACUAACCUGGGGGAGAGGGGCAGGCUACAGACCAGCCAGUUACAGAGAAUGGCUCCAGGGUACGGAGAUAUCCGGCUGUCAUUAGAAAUGAUUCCUGAUACUGUCAACAUCGAGGAGCCUUUCGAUAUCAUCUGUAAAAUCACCAACUGCAGUGAAAGAACCAUGGACCUGGUGCUGGAGAUGUGUAAUACCAGAUCAGUCCACUGGUGUGGUAUAUCAGGGCGACAGCUGGGGAAACUUAGUCCUGGUGCCUUCCUCUCGCUGCCCCUCACACUCCUCUCAUCCAUGCAGGGUCUUCAGAGUAUUUCCGGGUUAAGACUGACAGACACUUUUCUGAAGAGGACUUACGAAUAUGAUGACAUUGCACAAGUGUGUGUGAUCUGCCCGUAUACAAGCAACGAGAGCUAGAAAUUUUAUUUACUUUUUAAUUUUCUAGAUUUGAAUGGACCAAGUGUACAAUUAUGUACAUAAGGUAUUGUGGGAAAGUCUAAGGCCACCUUAGGUUUGGAUGUUUUUGCAGGGUUGUAAUGAGAUACAUAUUUAUUUCUCAGUAUUUUUUUUUUCAGAAACCACAGGAGAAAUGUGCUCAGUGUUAAAGACACAAACAAAUCUCAGCUAAAUGGUUCCUACAGGAAAAGGUCUGCAUUUACAGUGACCUCUGAUCCUGUGAAAAGAAGUAGCCCCAAACAAUAAGUUCUCAUGUCUUGAGUGAAACCUGGUGUAAUAAACCAGAAUAUUACUGGAGUAAAUCUCAUAUUGUCAGUGACGUAAAAGCAGAGAGAGGUCAUAUUUAGGUCAAACUGUAGGAACGUUUUUUUUCCUGAAGUUUUUGUUUUUAAUGCUGUUUCCUGUUGUAUCUUGACAGAGAAUUUGAGAAAUUCAUACUGUUUGUACGUCACUAUUACUUUGCUACACCAACUAACUUAAUGGCCUAAGACCUUUGCACAGUACUCUAUGCUCACAUUUCUCUUUUUGCAACCUCAGAGGAUAAAGUUGUAAAAUAAUAUAAAUCUCUUUCUUUAACAAUAAUCUUGUAAAUGUGCAUAAAUGUUAAUAAACAUUACUGUUUUCUUUGAUUAUUUGCUUUUAAAACCUA